AUGCUCAAGGAAUUGAACGAAGCAGGGAAGAGAAUAGGACUGCAAAUAAACAGAAAGAAAACGCAGUUCAUGAAGAACGCCUACUACGAGGACGGAGGAGUACAACUUGAACGCUCCCAAAUCGUGGAAACUUCGUCAUACGUAUACUUCGGACGUUCUAAUAAUAUGGAAAACGACUUGAAGGAAGAACUGAAUAGAGGGAUGAGAGCAGCGUGGGGAGCAUUCGCAGCCGUCAGUGAAGCUACGGACCAACUGACGGACUAA